GCAGCGAGUUGCUCGCGCGUUGCACAUAACCUUCAAAGACCUCCGGUGACCGUGUUGACGUAUUCGUCCAACGGUCCAAGUCGACCGCACGAUCGCCGUCGUCCGCACGACGACGUGACGUGACGUGACGAAACGUGACGCAACGUCGCGCCGCCGACAACGUCGACAGUGCCGACACCAGUCGACAUCUGCGGAUGCAGCGGAUCUGCGGUCCAAAAAAGGUGCAGGGUGGUGUCCUUGCGUUCUCGACAUAGACAGGGCGACCGGGUGGAAGACCAGGAGGUAUAUGGACUGUCGGGAAAGGUUGCUCGCCCGUACGAAAGAUGGGUCAUGGAUCAAGCCGUUCUGCUUCAUCAGCAAAUAUUCUUUCCACAGAGGAAUUGACAUUAGUGGAGAACCUCUUUAAGUCUAUGUCCCGCAGCUCAGGUUCCAUCAAACGCGAGGACAUAUUCAAACAUUGGUCGAUACAUUUGGAUGAUGCUUUAUUGCAAUUUAUAGUCCGAUUUCUCUGUCAUGAUCCAGGAAAGAAAGUCUCGACCAUCAAUGGAGAGAACUUUGGUCGACUCUAUGUCUUUGCCGUACGCGGUAAUCCCGAGGAACGCACCAAUUUAAUCUUUGAUGGUCUCUCGGAGGAAGAGCAAAAAUAUGAAAUACCCACCAUUUCGUUCCUUCAGUAUCUUCAAGCAACGAUUAAUUCUUACUUACGACUACAAAAGAACUCUGUCAAUGCGCAUUACCUCACUUGGAGUAGCAUCGGCUGCACGGUCAACACUAGGCGCAUAGGAAUGCGUUCUCGCAGUCUCUGUGAGGAUCUGAUCAAGUAUGGGGAUGUGUUGACUUUCGAUCAAGUCGAAAGUUGGUUCAUGACAGCUGCCACAUUUAAGAAUAUUCAAUCGCACGUUUUCCAGUACCUCUAUUUAGUCUCCCAAAAGAAAGGUAGCGAUAAGAAUACAGGAGCGCGAAUAAACGAUCUGAACCUUUUGCCUUUAUGCAAGGGUUUGGAAAAUAUACCGCACUUUCCAAGUAUAUUAGGUUUGGGAGAUGUUCUGUUCCUAAAUUUGAGUCUGCCACACGAGUUACGUAACGAAUGGCGAUUUCUGUUUUCGAGUCAAGUGCAUGGCGAAUCAUUUUCAACCAUGUUAGGAAGAAUCGUGAUGCAAGGUGCUACAAUUAUUAUACUUCAAGAUAUGGAUGAUCAUGUGUUUGGCGGUUUCGCCUCGGACAGCUGGAAACUAGGACCGAAUUUCAUAGGAAAUCAAACGUCAUUCCUAUUCAAGCUCGAGCCGGAAAUAUUGACAUUUUCAUCGACAAAUUACAACAAUCACUAUCAGUAUCUCAAUCUCCAUCAGCAGACGAUGCCUAAUGGCCUGCUUAUGGGGGGACAGCUUAAUUAUCCCGGCCUCUGGUUGGAUUGUGAAUACGGCACCGGAAAAUCAAGUUUGUCGUGCACGACUUUUCAAAAUUAUGUACAGCUUAGCGGUAAGGAAGACUUCAAAAUUAAACAUUGCGAGGUAUGGGGAGUCGGUCCAGUGCCAGAUGUAGAAGAGGACGUGCGCGAAAUGCAGUCUGUGUUGGAUCAAGAUCCGACAUCGAAGGUCAUGCUAGAAUUGUCCGGUCGUAAGUUACACAGUGAGGGACUUCGCGAAGAACAAGUGUAAUUGUGAUAAAUAUAGAGAUUUUUAAGAGAUAUUAAGCAGAGAGAAAGAAGGAGAGAGAAAGAGAGAAAGAGAGAGAAUGUUAGUUCUAAAGAUAUUUGCAGAUAUUUAAAAUUGAUCAAUUGAUUUUACACAGAAUAAAAUCUAUAUAAUUAUUGUUAUCGAUUCUUAUAGUUGUAAUGGGAUAUAUGCGGGUACGAGAAAUGUAUUAAAAAACUCAUAAUUAUACAUAACUAUAAUAAUGUUUACGAUAUGAAAGAGUCCUCCUAUUUUACACGAGUGCGUAUCUUUAAAGUUGAAACGAAUUCACGUGAUAGCGACGCGAGAAACAAUUAAAACUCAUUACAGAAACGAAUUAUAUUACGAAAAUUGUUACGGAAGUCUGAAUGAAAAACGCUUAUCUGUUUGUAUGAAUGAAUUCCACAUUUUUUACAGUCUUGUGUGAGACUAUUUAUUUGUAAUUACUUAUUUAAAUAUAUAUUAUUAGGACUUUUGUCCCCUUUUAAAACGGCCUGAUAUCUUUCAAUUCGCGAUUAUUUCUUCGAUCGUUCAGUCAUACGUGUAUAAUUUUGUUAAUGUCAUGUAUACGUGUAUUUAUGAAAUCAGUGGUACGAUAUUAAAGAAUGUUGAUUGUUGCGUGACCCGAAUGCCUAUUGUCUAGUGCCUGAUGAGUCGUUUAUUGUAAUUGUUAAUUUAUCAUUCUUUGCAUAUGUUGAUUAUUUAUAAACGAAUAACCGUGUGCCAUACAAAUUGCUUUUAUUAACUAAGACUGUAUAAUCGUCGUGCAAAGAAAUAUGCAAACACUGAUCAUUUGCCAUCAUAAAGUCAAAGCAAAUCAUCGCACUAAUGUAAGAUCUAUUAAAAGUUCAA